AUGUGGGGUGAUGGCGAUUCUCAGGUCAUCGGUUGUGCUGCUGUCGUGCAUCCGCCCACCUCGACGAUGUUCCUGUCGAAGUCUAGCAACAGCACUCGUUUGCAUUGCAACAUGGAUUCCGCCCAGUCCACUGUACACAGCACAACAUCUGAGAGGUGGGGAGGGAACAAGGAUACACGCGGUCUGGCACCCGAGGCUCCGAUCACGGUGGCCGGUGGCACUGUAACCCAUGAGUGUCUCAGCCAAGGCGUCCAGGAACUGCAGUGCAAGAGUGCUGUUGUCCAGCGUACACAGAAAGCAUUCACCUAA